GUUCCCCGCAGGAUCGGCGCCAGCGGGGCCAGCCCGUCCCAGCAGUGCGGGGCCAUGGCCGGCCGCGGGGCCCAGCGGCCCAACGGGCACUCGCAGCCCAGUAAGAUCUGCCAGUUCAAACUGGUGCUGCUGGGAGAGUCGGCCGUGGGCAAAUCCAGCCUGGUGCUGCGCUUCGUCAAGGGCCAGUUCCACGAGUACCAGGAGAGCACCAUCGGCGCGGCGUUCCUGACGCAGUCCGUGUGCCUGGACGACACCACGGUGAAGUUUGAGAUCUGGGACACGGCGGGGCAGGAGCGAUACCACAGCCUGGCGCCCAUGUACUACCGGGGGGCUCAGGCUGCCAUCGUGGUCUACGACAUCACCAACCAGGAGACGUUUGCCCGUGCCAGGGGCUGGGUGAAGGAGCUGCAGCGCCAGGCCAGCCCCAGCAUCGUCAUCGCCCUGGCGGGCAACAAGGCCGACCUGGCCAGCAAGAGGAUGGUGGAGUACGAGGAAGCUCAGGCCUACGCCGAUGACAACAGCCUGCUCUUCAUGGAGACCUCGGCCAAGACAGCCAUGAAUGUCAACGACCUCUUCCUGGCCAUCGCCAAGAAGCUGCCAAAGACGGAGCCGCAGAGCACGAGCGGGGCCGGGGCCCGGGGCCGGGGCGUGGACCUGAGCGAGCAGAGCCCGCAGGGCCGCGGGCAGUGCUGCAGCAACUGAGGGAUCCCCGGGGAUCCCCAGCGAUCCAGCCCCGCUCCGGCCGGGAUCCGGCCAGAUCCAGCCAUGGUCCAGCACGGGAUCCAGCCAGGAUCCAGCCGGGAUCCGGCCAGAUCCAGCCAGGGUCCAGCCCGAAUCCAGCCGGGAUCCGGUGAGAUCCAGCCAUGGUCCAGCCCAGAUCCAGCCCGAAUCCAGCCGGGAUCCGGUGAAAUCCAGCCAUGGUCCAGCCCAGAUGCAGCCCCAAUCCAUCUAGGAUCCAGCAAGAUCCAGCGAUGGUCCAGCGCGGGAUCCAGCCCGAAUCCAUCUGGGAUCCAGCAAGAUCAAGCCAUGGUCCAGCUGGGAUCCAGCCUGAAUCCAGCCAGGAUCCGGUGAGAUCCAGCCAUGGUCCAGCCCAGACCCAGCCCCAAUCCAUCUGGGAUCCAGCGAGAUCAAGUCAUGAUCCAGCCCCAAUCCAGCCCCAAUCCAGCCGGGAUCCAGCCUCAAUCCAGCCCGGAUCCAGCCUCAAUCCAGCCCGGAUCCAGCGAGAUCAAGCCGUGGUCCAGCCAUGGUCCAGCCCCAGUCCAGCCGGGAUCACGGCCUGCAGGGCUGCAGCGACUGAGGGAUCCGCUGGGAUCCAGCCGGAUUCCAGGGAGGAUUCCAGCCCAGGUUCCGGCCCCAACUCCAGCUGGGAUCCAGCCAGGGAUCAGCCAGGACCCCACCAGAUCCCAGCCCGGAUCCCGGCUCCAUCCCUGCUCUGGGACUCUUCCCCAGCGCUUUUUGAAGCUUCCAAGGUUCUUCCUCGGCAACAGAUCCCACCUGGAUCCUCCAGAUCCUGCCCAGCUCCACCUGAUCCCACACAGAUACUCCAGAUCCCUCCUGGCUCCACCAGGUCACUUUUGGAUUCACCAGAUCUCACACAGAUUCUCCGGAUACCAUCUGGCUCUUCCUGGAUCCUCCAAACUCCUCCUGGAUCCUGCAGAUCCCACCUGGAUCCUCCAAACUCCUCCUGGAUCCUCCAGAUCCCAUCUGGCUCCUCCUGGAUCCUCCAAACUCCUCCUGGAUCCUGCAGAUCCCACCUGGAUCCUCCAAACUCCUCGUGGAUCCUGCAGAUCCCAUCUGGCUCCUCCUGGAUCCUCCAAACUCCUCCUGGAUCCCGCAGAUCCCGCCGGAUCCCUUUCCCAGACCCCGAUCCCUCUCCCGAGGCAGCGGGGCCGGCUCGGCCGGGACUGGACUCGCUGGGAUCCCCGGACUGUCCUUCCGUCCCCGCGGGAUCCCGGGGGCCUGGGGCGCUCAGAUCCCUCCUGGAUCCCUCCUGGAUCCCUGCCCCGGGAUCUGGGGAUCCCACAGACCCCCCGGGAUGGAUUUUCCAGGGGCCCGGCACCGAUUUCUGCGGAAUUUUCAUCAUUUUUUUGGCCCGUUCCCCUCGGGGACAGCAGCUGCAGUGUCCCUGUGUCCUCCCCUGGAGGAGCCCAAGUGCCUGGGGACAGCUGGGGACAGCUGGGGACACCGAGGGGACCCUGCCCCGGGACCUGGGGUGGCCCUGUGGGUGGUGACUCUCACGGGGACGUCCCCACGGUCACCACAGGGAUGUCCCCGUGGUCACCCCGGCCGUGGUCACCCCUCAGGUGACGUCCCCAGGUGACCCCGGCCGUGGCCACCCCUCAGGUGCCACCCCCGGUCCCCUCCCAGCGCCCCCCAGUUUGUCCCUGUCCCCAUCCCGGGGCCGUCCCCGUUUGCACUUUAUGGCCAAUGUCCCCUCGCUCCUGUCCCUGUGUCCCCGGGGGUGGCAGCGAGGGGACAGCGGUGCCAGCCCCACCCCUGCCCUUUGUCCUUGUCCCUCCUGGACCCUCGGUGUCCCCACCCUGCCCAGGGGACACCCGGGGUGCUGCCACCCCAGGGGGGGACGCCCCAAAGCAGGGACACCCCGAAUUUGGGGACACCCCGAAUUUGGGGACACCCGGGAUUGUCCCCACAGGGGCGGGGGGUGGCAGCUGUGGGGUGGAGGGACCCGGUCCCGUAUGAAGCCCCUGGGGACAGCUUGGGGACAUUCCCAGGGUCACUCCAGGGACGUUCCCGGGGUCACUCCAGGGACAUUCCCGGUGCCUCCGGAACUGGUGACAUCGAUGUCCCCGAGGUGGUGACAAGAGCCCGCAGGGUCCCGGCCCUGUCCCCACCCUCGGGGACACCUUGGGGACAUUCCCGAGGUCAUUCCCGGUGCUCCAGAGCCUCUGGAAUUGGCGACAUCGAUGUCCCCAAGGUGGUGACCCCUCCCAUGUCCCAGCCCUGGACCAAGCGGGGACACCGCAGCUCCUGUCGCUCUUAUUCUUCUUUUUGUCUUUAUUUUUCUUUCAUUUUCCUUUUUUUUCCGGCUUUUUUUUUUUUUUUCCCCUCUGAUUUUAUUUUAUUUUAUUUCAUUUUAUUUUGUUUUGUUUUCCUUGCUUGGGGAAGCUCCUCCCUCGCGGUGAAAUAACAAUCGUGGUAACCACAACGUCGGGUCGCUGAUUUACCCAUGUAUUUAAUGUAAAGUUAAAAAAACAAGGACAAAAAAAAACCGAGGAAAAAAAAAAUCCCAAAAAACCCACAAGAA